AUGUCUGAAAAAAUUGAAAUUUUGAAAUUUGCUGAUAAAGAUGGAAAUUAUAAAAGAAGACCUUCAGUUUUUAGAGAUUUUAUAAGUACUAAACCAGGUGCAAGAUUUUCACCUGAAGCUGGUAGAUAUCAUUUAUAUGUUUCAUAUGCAUGUCCAUGGGCACAUCGUACAUUAAUUACUCGUAGGUUAAAAGGUUUAGUUUCAAUAAUUGGAUUAUCAAUUGUUCAUUGGCAUAUGGAUGAUAAAGGUUGGAGAUUUCCAACAAAAGAAGAAUUGAAUGGUUUAAAACAUUCUGAUGAUGAAAGUUUAGGAACUCCUGAUCAUCUUUAUGAUUUUGCAAGAUUAAGAGAUUUAUAUUUUAAAGCUGAUCCAAAUUAUGAAGGUAGAUUUACUGUACCAGUAUUAUGGGAUAAAAAAUUAAAAACUAUUGUAAAUAAUGAAAGUGCUGAAAUUAUAAGAAUGUUAAAUUUUGAUUUUAAUAGUAUAUUACCUGCAGAAUUUGCUGAAAUUAAUUUAGUACCAAAAGAUUUAGAAUCUAAAAUUGAUGAAAUUAAUGGUUGGAUUUAUGAUAAUAUAAAUAAUGGAGUUUAUAAAACUGGAUUUGCUACAAAACAAGAAGUUUAUGAUAAAGAAUGUAAAAAUGUUUUCCAUUAUUUAGAUAAAGUUGAACAUUUAUUAAAAGAAAAUCAUUCAAAAGAUCGUAAAAAUGAAUUUUUAUUAGGUAAUAAUUUAACAGAAGCUGAUAUUAGAUUAUUUACAACAAUUAUAAGAUUUGAUCCUGUAUAUGUUCAACAUUUUAAAUGUAAUAUUGGAAUGAUUAGAACUCAUUAUCCAAAUUUAAAUAAUUGGCUUAGAUUAUUAUAUUGGAAAAUUCCUGGAUUUCAAGAAACAACUAAUUUCGAACAUAUUAAAAAACAUUAUACAAAAUCUCAUGUUAAAAUUAAUCCUUAUGGAAUUACUCCAUUAGGUCCAAUUCCUGAUAUUUUACCAAUUGAUCAAUAA